AUGCCGUCCACUCUUCGUCAGAAAGCUUGUCUUGCGUGUGCAAGUUCCAAGCGUCGUUGCGAUAAACAGCUUCCAGAAUGCCAGCGCUGUUUGGAUCGUGAUGUGGACUGUGCCUAUCCGCAGAGGAAAAGACGACUUAGAAGCACGAUUACGGACGAAGGAACGAUGACACCGAGUUAUGUGGAACCGAACCAUAAUGAGGUGCAGGAGGAGGUCGGCUCGGACGUGCAAGUGUAUGGAGAUGCUCUUGACUUCACGACAUGGGACGAGUUAGUCUCGGCCAACCUGGGAGUGACUCUGCCUGACGAAUGGGUCGCGGAUGUCUUGGGGUCACAAGCAGAUAGCAGCAAUCUGGCACUCGAACCCUACCAUAAUGAGACCGACCCUGGUCCAAAAUCUGUGCUCCCUUGGUUUCUCCAAGAAUCAACCUGGACUAUGCAGCGAACACCUCACGAACCAGAGGGUCCUGUUGAUAUUGAUUUGCAUCUAUUUAUCCGUACUGUGGAAGACAUGCUUACGGCUUGGGCGACCAAUGGCCACAACGGUUUCAUCCAUCGCCGAUUGUAUCAAUAUAACAUGCCCACCUGUGUGCAAGAUGCCUUCACUACCCUUGUGGCCUAUACAAAUUGCAACCCAGCAGUCAAAGAUACUGUCUUGCAAAUUGCUCAGGACCGUUUAUCGAUGAUCGUUCUCCAGGAUCCACCAACCACCAGUGAUAGACAAGGAAUAUCAGAUCAUCUAGCCCGCGUCCAGGCUUUAUUUGUCUACGAAUUCAUUGGACUAUUCAAUGUCUCUCGUGGCUCUCUGCGACUAAGGAUGAUUGCAGAGCAGCAUCUCCCGACUCUCAGAAAUUGGCUGGCGCAGAUGUUGGAAGCAGUGAAACUCUACAAAGGUGAAGAUCUCUCGCUAUACUCUCGCACAAUUGGAUGGGCUGAUAACGACUUCGAUCGGGAGUAUCACACAUCCUCGGAGCUCUGGAAGACUUGGUUGCUGAUAGAAAGUGUGCGCCGCAUUCAGAUCAUUAUCAAUGCUGUCGCAAACUCAUAUCAAGCCAUGACCCUAGGUUGGGCCCAGUGUACGGGAAGCGUUAUGCUUACCAUCUCGUCUGGAUUUUGGGAGGCAGGAUCAGCUCUAGAAUGGUCCGAUCUCGCCUGUAGAAAGUCACCACUACUUGUGGCCCCCCUCAGGCCAGGGCCGUUGAUGUCGCAGUAUCCAGCGGAAGAGUUGGAUGAAUUUGUGAGGACGUUCUGGGUGUUGAUACUUGGCCCAGAGAAAAUGCAGUCAUGGCUUAGCAGAAGCAGCAGAAGCAGCCCGCGCAAGUCAGGUGUAACAGUAUGA